AUGGCUUUUCAACCGUAUACACCAAAACCCAUCACCGACAUAUUCACAGCUGACACUGACGUUGACCGCCGCAAGUGCCAUAGAACAGUGCCCAUGAGAGUACUCGCCCUUGGGCUUGGUCGGACUGGUACUGCAUCUCUUCGUACUGCGCUGAAAGAGCUUGGGUUCACAGACUGUUACCAUAUGAUGUCCGCUAGCGUCGAAAAUCCACCGGACUGCCUCAUGUGGCAGGAUGCGUUUGCGGCCAAAUACGACGAUGAAGGAGAAUUCGGCCGUGAGCAGUGGGAUCAACUGCUAGGCCACUGCCAAGCCGUCUGCGAUUGGCCUGCAGUAGCAUUUGCGAAGGAGCUGAUCCAGGCUUACCCAGAGGCCAAAGUCAUCCUGACUACCAGAGACGUCGAUUCGUGGCACGCGUCAACGAUGAGGACCGUGGACUGGAGAGUAAAUGAUCCAGAGCUGAGAUUUGUUGCCCUAUGGGACUGGGGUGCAGGCCUCUAUCAACCCAUGCUCCGAAAAUUCUGGGAUGUCUUCUUUAAGGGAGAUUUCAAAAAGUAUGGCAAAGAGGUUUUCCAUGACUAUUAUGCAGAAGUCCGGUCUCUGGUCCCGAAAGAUAACUUGUUGGAGUAUCGCAUAGGCCAAGGAUGGGGUCCUUUGUGCGAGUUCCUGGAGGUUUCCGCGCCAGAAGGGAAAAGGUUCCCCCAUACGAACGAUACGGAUGGAUUUGUUGAUAGGUGCCGCGCAAGAAACCGGGCGCAGAUGUACAAUAUUCUGUUCCGAGGAUUUAUGAUGGGCGGUGGAAUUAUGGCGACGCUGCUUUCAGCAUCGGUGACCUGGUAUCGAUUUGGGUCUCGUCUCUCAGCGUUCCGGUCAUGA